AUGCAAGACGUCAAUAGCAUAAUAAUUGAUGUCCUGAGCGCCAGUACUCAUGAAAAGCCAAUAUGCAAAGUGAUCCAUGAAGACAGAAUUCUGAAGAUGUUGGAUAUGUCAAAAGAAGUGAUUAAAAGUCAGGGAGCACUUGUUGAAGUGGACGCGCCGAUGAAGGUGUGCGGCGAUAUUCACGGACAAUUCCCGGAUCUCGUUCGACUUUUUCAUCGUGGUGGAUGGCCGCCAACUUCUAAUUAUUUGUUUCUUGGUGAUUAUGUGGAUCGAGGAAGAUUCAGUAUUGAGACUAUUGUUCUCCUGUUGGCUUACAAGGUCAGAUUCGCCAAGAAUUUCUUCCUGCUUCGUGGAAAUCAUGAGUGUGAAUACGUGAACAAGACUUAUGGAUUCUAUGAAGAAUGCCAAAAACGAUACCAAAGUACACGUCUUUAUGACGCUUUUCAGGACGUGUUCAAUAUUCUCCCGCUAUCUGGACUAAUUGCUGAACGAAUUCUAUGCAUGCACGGUGGUCUUUCGCCUCAUUUGAAAUCUCUUAACGAUUUGAGAAACAUAACGAGACCAACUGCAGGAAAAACUGGAUUGGAGGUCGAUUUGCUUUGGGCUGAUCCGAUUAUUGGUCUCACCGGUUUUAUGGAAAAUCAAAGAGGAGCUGGUUGUGGAUUCGGAAGAGAUAUUGUUCUCAAAACUUGUGCUGACCUGAAUCUUGACUUGAUUUGUCGAGCACAUCAAGUGGUUCAAGACGGUUAUGAAUUUUUCGCAGGGAGAAAACUUGUGACUAUUUUCUCGGCUCCCCACUACUGUGGACAGUUCGACAAUUGCGCCGCUUUCAUGUCCUGUGAUGAGAAGCUUCAGUGCUCAUUCGAAGUGCUCCGCCCAACGAGUGGACGGCUGGAAAUCCGUGAGAAAACAUUGUUGAAGGAUGAAACGACGUAG